CCUACCCUGAGGGGUCCUGAACGCCUCACACAUACACACGUGUGCUGCCUACAGUAACCAUGGCGGACCUACAGAUGAAGCUUCUUCGGAAGAAAAUUCAGAAAAGAAGUGAAAAGAACAAACAGCGCAAACUGUUGAAGUCACAGACAGAAGAAGAAGAGACAGUAAACGCCAACGGACUAAAGGAGUCCUGUGAGAAUCCAGAGACUGAAAACAAACCAGAGGAGAAGAAGACUGAAAAACCAACAGAGGGGACCACAACAGAAGAAACAUCCCUAAAGAAGAAGAAGAAGAAAAAGAAGAGAAAAGCUGUUGACACAGCUGAGUCACCUGCUGAAAAGAAGACCAAAACAGUGAAAGACGAAGAAGAGGAUGAGGUGGAAGAUGAGGGAACAACAGCAGAUGAGGAUGGAGAAAAGUCUACAGAAAUGCCAGAGGAAGCUGCAGAUGAAAAAGAGGGAGACGAUAAUGAUGAUGAAGAAGAGGAUGAUAAAGACAAAGAUGAAGACGAUGAGGAGGAAGAUAUGCCUGAGUUACCCUCAGGAUUGACAGGGGCGUUUGAGGACACGUCGUUUGCCUCUCUCGCUGAGCUGGUGAGUGAGAACACGCUGAAAGCUGUGAAGGACAUGGGAUUUACACACAUGACAGAGAUCCAGCACAAAAGUAUUCGUCCUCUGCUGGAGGGAAGGGAUGUUUUGGCUGCAGCCAAAACAGGAAGUGGUAAAACAUUGGCUUUCCUCAUCCCGUCUAUAGAACUAAUCUACAAACUCAAGUUCAUGCCUAGAAACGGCACUGGCGUUGUGAUCCUGUCCCCCACUCGUGAGUUGGCGAUGCAGACAUAUGGCGUGAUGAAGGAACUGAUGGCUCAUCAUGUUCACACCUUUGGUUUGAUCAUGGGUGGCAGCAACCGCUCGGCAGAGGCUCAAAAACUCGCCAAUGGAGUCAACAUCCUGGUGGCCACACCUGGCCGUCUGCUGGACCAUCUUCAGAACACUCCUGGUUUCAUGUUCAAGAACCUGCAGUGUCUGAUCAUUGAUGAAGCCGAUCGAAUCCUGGAGGUUGGGUUUGAGGAGGAGCUGAAGCAGAUCAUCAAACUGCUGCCAAAGAAAAGACAGACCAUGCUGUUUUCAGCCACUCAGACCCGUAAAGUUGAGGACUUGGCCCGAAUCUCCCUGAAGAAGGAGCCUCUGUACGUUGGUGUGGAUGACAACAAGGAUAAAGCCACCGUAGACGGUCUGGAGCAGGGUUAUGUUGUAUGCCCGUCAGAGAAGCGUUUCCUCUUACUCUUCACCUUUCUGAAGAAGAACCGGAAGAAGAAGCUGAUGGUUUUCUUCUCUUCCUGCAUGUCGGUGAAAUAUCACUACGAGCUGCUCAACUACAUUGACCUGCCUGUGAUGGCCAUCCAUGGUAAACAGAAGCAGACCAAACGUACCACCACGUUUUUCCAGUUCUGUAACGCCGACUCAGGAAUCCUGCUGUGUACUGAUGUGGCAGCUCGAGGCCUCGACAUCCCUGAGGUGGACUGGAUCGUCCAGUACGACCCUCCAGAUGACCCCAAGGAGUACAUCCACAGGGUGGGCAGAACAGCCAGAGGCAUCAACGGCAGAGGACACGCUCUCCUCAUCCUCCGACCAGAGGAGCUCGGCUUCCUCCGAUUCCUCAAACAGGCGAAGGUCCCAUUGAGUGAAUUUGAAUUUUCUUGGAGUAAAAUCUCUGAUAUCCAGUCCCAGCUGGAGAAGCUGAUUGAGAAGAACUACUAUCUCCAUAAAUCAGCUCAGGAGGCCUACAAGUCAUACGUGAGGGCCUACGACUCCCACUCACUCAAACAGAUCUACAGCGUCAACACCCUAAACCUCCCCAUGGUGGCGCUGUCUUUCGGCUUCAAAGUUCCUCCGUUUGUUGAUCUGAACGUACACAGCAGUAAAGGAGCAAAGCUGCAGAAGCGAGGAGGUGGAGGCGGUUUUGGAUAUCAGAAGUCCAGCUUUCACAAAUCAAAAAUCUUUAAACACGUCAACAAAGGAAAAGGCGACAAGAGGCAGUUUUCCCGCUGAAGCCUUUCAAAAUAAAGCUCCGUCUGGACUCAUUACUCACUUGUGUAUUUGAAGAACUGCUCUCUAACAUGAACUUCUGCUACAUACAGGACAUCCCAGAGAUGACAUUUAAGCCUCACUCUUCCUCUAAAUGUGUUCUGUAAAUUGUGGAUGUUAGAAGAGGCUUCUGUGGAAGCCAUUGUCAACAAAAAUUCUUUUUUUCUAUCCUCUCUAUUAAAUCUCUACUGACUUAA